AUGGCAGACUGCGACAAAUCGGCCGAUGCCUCUCACGAAGCUGGCAGCGACACCAGUGCCGUCCCAUCCCCGCCACCACCGCCUGUUCCCUCAGCCGACCCCAACUUGCGCUUCAUCCCGAGCCCAGAAAGCGAUGCCUCGCCUACUCUUGCCGCACAGGUCGACGAUAUCUACAAAAUUGCGCCCGUCGCUGCUCUCAGAAUGCUCAGCGCGGGCAUCGAGGCGCUCGUGAAUAUGACGGGAGACAUCCCGCCCACGCCACCACCGAGAAGCCCCACCAUGCCGCACAUGCGAGGUAUGGAAGCAGAGAAGAAGAGUAUCGUGCGGUCCAAUUCAGACAAGAAUCUGGCCCGUCUUGCUCAGCAACGAAGCGCAGCAAACUCUCCACGGCCCUCCCCCCGGCCCGGUCGGUCUCCGCUGCAUUCGGGCGCGAAGGCCGCGUCCGUUCCCGUACCCGACAGUGCCCAAUCCAUCGACGGCGUCCAGCUGCGGGCGCCUUACCCGACACAGGCCUCAAGAGCAGAACAGCCCCUUGCUCCAUAUAUUGUCGUUGGUGAGAACUCGCAGCCGCUCAAUCUCCAACAUAGCGCCAUCACUCGCAAGUUUUACUCUCGCCUCCCGCCACCGAUAUCUAUUACCGAGUAUCUCCUCCGAAUACACCGUUUCUGCCCCAUGUCUACCGCCGUCUAUCUAGCCACAUCCUUAUACAUACAUCGUUUGGCCGUGCUGGAGCGAGCCAUUGCCAUAACUAAGAGGAAUGCUCAUCGUCUGUUGCUAGCGGGAUUGAGAGUGGCCAUGAAGGCCCUGGAGGACUUGAGCUACGCACACGGAAAAGUGGCAAAGGUCGGCGGUGUCAGUGAGGCAGAAUUGGCGAGGCUGGAAAUCAGCUUCUGCUUUCUUACGGGGUUCGAGUUGGUUGUGACCUAUGAGUCGUUGAGCAAACAUUGGGAGAUGCUCAGAAGAGGAACCGACUGCUGGAAUCUGCAUGAUGAGUUGAUGGAGGAGGACAUGACGGUUUUGCAAUUUGCAAAGCCGCCAAAGCUGAGGAGGGAGCACGCUGUGUCAACUUGA